GUUGCGAUCCAAACAUAUUGAGAGUUUUUUUUAAACAGUCGAGGACCACGAAUAUCGGAAAAAAAUGUUGUUGAGGCACUCCCUCGAUCACGCUUGCUUAUAAGCAUUUGUUGAUGGAUUUCUUAUGACAUCUUUCAUCCCCGUCACCUGGCCUACGUAUGUUGUCGACCCAACGAGUCACUGAUGAAUACGUAUGUAAACGCGUGAUCCACAAACAUCGCUUCGUCAGUUACACUCAUCGUACGUAUUUAAAGAAAUACAUUUCAGCUUGGAGGUUUAUAUACUCAAAAACAUACGUGUUUGUUGUCGGAUUACUUAAUUUUAGCGAUAUUCUAUUUUGUCAAGUUUGCCAUAAAAAACGCUGUUGGUGUCGCCCAAAAAGCUUCAUGAUGAUAAAGCCUCUAAUUGCUGUUACCUUGGUGACAGUUUUGGUUUGUAAUGCAUGGUGCAGGACUGUACCUAUAAAUCUGAAGAAGAAAGAAGACGUUCACAAAUCAGAUGUGAAUUAUUUAAUACCCGAAACCGACUAUGCUGGACUCACACUUAGACAGAGUGGAGUCCCCACAGCUUUCUCAGUAACGCUGGACAAAAGUCAAGUGAUCUCUACCGGAAAUGUGAUACGUUUCGAUAACGUCAUUACCAACGUCGGCAAUAGCUUUAACAUCAAGACCGGUGAAUUCACAGCUCCACAGUCAGGCAUUUAUUUCUUCUCGCUGAAUGCAGUAUGUGGAGCACAUAGUUACAUGCAUCUGGCUAUAUCCAGAAACGGUUUAGCGGUAUUCAAGACUUUAUGUGACGAUCGCACCGGCUCCACGCAGCAUCAAGGUGGUGGGGCUACCAUACUGCAGCUUGGUGCGGGUGAAAAAAUAAGCGUGAGGAUGACCUUCCCACUUAACGCUCAGAGCGAACUUUAUGGGAGAGGAAUGACGUCAUUUACCGGAUACCGCGUGGCUUAAAGGGGCCGUUUAACAGACUUUGAAAUGUAUUUAAGCUUGUCAUUAAAUGCUUUAUAUUGAUAAAUUUAAACAUUUGACCUUAAAAUCUCCAGUUAAAAACAACAACAAAAAUACAGUUUAAAAAAGCAAAAAAGUAACCCUCAACAGGGCUCGAAACACUGACCCCUGGAGUUCUGGAGUAAAAAGUCUCCCGCUUAGACCACUGGACCAUCCAUGCUCAUGCUUAAAGCGGAUGUAGUUUCCCAACGACGCUUUAUAAUUUUCAGGUUUUCAAAUCGUCAAAUGAUGCAUAUAAUAGAUAUUUAAGAGCAUUGUUAAUGGCCAGUAUUACUAUUUCCUAAAAAAUAUCAUAACUAAAACGAUAAUGUGCGAACCUGAAACAACUUUUUUUAAAAUUUUGUCAAUUUACGAAAACGUAAAAUCUGUUAAACGGCCCCUUUAAGACUCAAUAAAACCUGUGAUUACAAUACGGGCACUAAACGACUGUCGUGAGUAACUUAGAGAUAAUAAACGCCAUUUACCCUAUACCGCGUUGCUCAAGACUCAAAAGAUUAACCAAUUAUUGGAAUGAAAUCACUUACACAACCAAAGAAGAAUUGUAACGUAAUGAAUACUAUUGAAUAUUACAACUAUACAUAAUUUUAAAUCAUAAAUACCUCUUUUAUCUUAAUGCAACGUGAUGAAUAUUAUAAGUAAUUAUUCUAUAUAAAUCGGAAAUUAUUAAUAAAUCUUUUAUUGAUAAUUAAUAAUAAUAGAAUAUUUGAAUUUUGGAAAUUAUUAAUUUAAGUUUAAUUAUAGAGAAUAUAAAUAUAAUUAUAGUUAAAUUAUAUAAUUUUGAUCAAAAUAUUUCAUAGGAAUAUGUUUACAUUAAAACGCAGUUAGGCUUACCGAAAGGUAUAUACAUUAAGGAUGUCAAUUUAAUUUGGUUGUGAAAAUACCAUCCGCCUCGCCUCAGAUAUAUUACUUGUAAUUAAAUUCAAAACAUCCGGUCGACAGAGAUCGAACGGACAACGCAAUUCGGGCUAUUUCCGACGACGUGGUUUAAUUGGUAAAUAAGUGAUUUAAACAAUCAACAAUUAGUGCGUGCGGAGACGAAUAAUAUUGACCAAUAAAAAUUGAAUAGAAGCUAAUUUUGUUUAAUGCUACUUCACUUGUCAAUUAAAAUGUACAUGUUUUUUUUCGGAAAAUAAGACACUUCGCAUAGAUUUAGAUGUGAACGGAUAAAGGUCCAAUCAAGUAGCCAUGAAACUGUAUUUAUCUUACUUUAUCACGGAUGCAUUUGCGAAUGCAGAAUUUUAAAUAUUUGGAGAAAUGAACAAUAUAUAAAGAAAUUGAAAUAGAUAUUAAAUUGGAUUAUAAUUCAUAUA